AGCAGUGUUUGUAUGACAUUAGACAAUGUCAAUGUCAAUUACUAGAAAAAUAGGCAAAAAUAGUAAUGACAAUUAUCACUUAUUUUGCUUCGGAUGACAGUGCUAUUGAUUUGUAAUUGGCUUGUGUGAAUAGUUAUUAUGUUUAGCUCGAGGUGAUGUGCUAUAUAUCAAGUAAUCUUAUGAAAUUGUGAACGACUAUAAGCUGAUGUAUCCAUUGCUCUAUUUUUUAAGGACGCCAUUUUCCACCAUUUUUGUUUUACUCGUUCAAGGCCAAAAAAUGUAGCUAAACCCUAAGGCCAAUUUACAAGUUAACAGUAUUAUGUGAAGAUUUAUUAUAGUGAUGGAAUGUAGAGUAAAAUGAGUAUGGCAGACACUCAGCACUUUUGCCUUCGUUGGAACAAUUAUCAAAGUAGUAUCACCUCUGCAUUCGAGAAUUUACGUGAUGAUGAAGAUUUUGUUGAUGUAACGUUGGCUUGUGAUGGCAAAAGCCUCAAAGCUCAUCGUGUGGUACUCUCAGCAUGCAGUCCUUACUUUCGAGAACUUCUUAAGAGUACACCAUGCAAGCACCCGGUGAUUGUGCUGCAAGAUGUGGCUUUUGCUGACCUGCAUGCAUUAGUCGAGUUCAUAUAUCAUGGUGAAGUGAAUGUACAUCAGCGGAACCUUACCUCAUUCUUGAAGACUGCAGAAGUAUUGAGGGUGAGCGGGUUAACACAACAAGCAGAAGACAGAGAUGAGUUUUCUGCACAACUGCCAAGCUCUCGUGGGCACCAACACAGUUUUUCUGAAAAACUGGUUGAAGAUGCUUUGUUCACGUCACCUCCAUCACCACUUCCAUCUUCCCAACACUCAAAUGCUACCUCAGGUGGAGCAACAGUGAACCAGCUAUUGCGACGUGCAGCAGCAGCGGCAGCCAUAGCUUCAUCUUCAAGUCGACGGGAACGACAUAACUCUGCCGAGCAGCAGUCAGAUUCAUCAGAACAGUCGCAACAUUCAUCCCCAAGCAAAAGGGCAAGAACAUCUGUUAAUGUUGAGAAUAACAACCAUAACAAUGGUGAAACUACCUCAGCUUCAACCAAUCAGGUGACAGCUACCGAUUUUUCUUCUUCACCCUUCUCUUCCAAACAAACUCAAGGCUCCACAACAGCAAGUAACAAUAGGAAGACAGAAUCAGAUGGCAAUGUAGCUUCAGGUGAUGGCGAUUCUACACCUUCUCCUACCUCUGGAAUGUUAGAUGGCGUGAAAUCAGAACCUCUAGAACUGAUGUGUGGAGCAGCAGACAUGGAUAACAGCAAUGACUCUGUAGAGGCUGCUGGUGGUGAUGUCCCAGCAGGAAGUCAUCAGCAGUCAUCACUUUCAGCUGGUGAUCAUGAUGAUCAUGACAGUAUUCAGGGACACCCAGGUUCUGUUUACCUCUCUACACCAGAGAGUAAACUAUUUACUUCUGCUACCUCGACAGGAUCAUUCAACUUCAGCAUGGCGGGAUUAUCAGGUGUUGGUAGUCAGAGUCUACAAGGAAGUGCAGAUGGAUCAGCAGGGACAUCAUCACAAGAGCUACUAGGAAGGGGCUGGGUUGGCAGUGGCAGUGGUGGAGUAAGUGGUCCUCCGUACUGCCCUCUGUGUCGCAAGAGCUUCACGCGUGCCUGGUCCCUUCAGCGUCACAUGGCCGACACUCACUUCUACGUGCCGCAGAGCUUCGAAUGUGAUGUUUGUGGCCGUUCAUACCGCUCGCGCAACAGCCUUGUGAGUCACAAGUCACAGUAUCAUGGUGGCACCUCUGGUAGCAGGGCUUCCUUGUCCAAGGAAGCAGUUUCAUCUAGUGACAAUGAUAAUGUUUCAAUCAAAGGAGAAAAACAUGUUAGAGGAGAAAGUGAAUGAAUCUCUUGAAAUUUAUUAUAUUGAAUGUGUCAGCUGAUCAUUGCCUGGGGGCGUGAAAGUAGAUUUUAUACCCAGUGUAGUGCUUGUCUUCAGGAAUUUUUAGAUUGUAGAUGUGAAUUCGUAUUGGAUACUCAUAAUUUUACAGUUCAUGUUCUGGUACCUUAAGAAAUAAAUUGAAACUCAAGAAAUGAUUCAUUGCGCUUGACAUGAUGUCAGUUUUCAAUAUCUUUGUAUUAAGAUGAGCUGAAUGGAGUAUGUAGCACACACGAGAGUGAUGAAAAUUGCAGAAAACCCCCUGAACCUGAAGGGAAGAAACCACUAGGGAGACUGAGGCGUAAGUGGGAGGAUAAUAUUGAAAAGAAAAAUAGGGUGUGAUGAUGUGGAUAGGGACUACUGGCAGGCUCUUGUAAACAUAGUAAUGAAUCUUUGGUUUCCAUAGAAGGUAGAUAAUUUUUUGACACACGAAUAGACAAGUUAUUUAGUUUCUCAAGAUGGACUUCACUUCAUGGAGUUAGUUGCUUGUAACAAGAGAGAGAAACUUAUAUUGUUGCAUGUCAGCAAUACAUUCCCUUGUUAUUAAACAACCUCUAAACUAGUCACAGAUAAAUAUCUAUUUGCUGACAUACUUUAUCCAUACUGAAAUAUUCAGAAGAAACUAACUUUAAAAAAUUGUCUCGACAAAAAUAAUGGUAUCAAAACUUUUAAUUGUUGCUUCUGUUUUGCCAAUGCCUUCAUUAAGGCUGGCAAUAGCAGUCUUUUUACAGAAAUAUAAAAUUAAAGAAAUUAUAGCAAAUGUGGCGAGCAUCCACUUUUAUCAAUCCACUCGUUUGUUGCAGUCUGGAAAACAUAAACAUCAAGAAAAUUUGUCAUUGUAACUCAUGUUACUCCUUUAUUUGCCCUGGUAUAAUUUCUUUUACAUGUAGCUGAAGGAGAAGCUUCAUUUUUUUGAUUGAAGAUUUUGUAUGCACUUCACCAAUAUUUCUAUGAUAGGGGCUGAACCUAUAUAUGCCCUAUUACCAAUUUAAACCUGUUUUUAAAAUGUAAAUUCUCUGGUUUAAAACAUAUUCUUGUUAGAAAAAUACUUCUUUGAAUGUAGCAUUUUGUUCAAUCAUUUGUCUCUGUUUUCAUUUAUUGCAUUUACCAAUCUUGUAAAUGUAAUAAUCAGCACAAAUGACAGUGUACCGAGGCAUAAAUUAUGUUUCCUUGUACUUGGUUUAACACACUUUACAUCUUAAAAUAUUUGAAAUAAAAAUUACAGGGCUUAAUGAGCUCUGUAUUUUAUAUAACAUCACCAGUUAUUUGUAUGAGGUAUUUUUUUAAUUAUUGCUUUCAAUUGAGGCAUCAUUUGGUGAGAGUGGGGAAUCUGAAGUGCAAAUGCAGUUUGCUUCCAUACCCUCUUCCAUGAUUAUGUCAUGUUAAACUUUAGUUUCACUGGCAUAAUUACUAUAAACUAAAAAAUUAGACCUUUUAAAAUAAGUAGCACUGAGUAUUUAUAAAUAGGUUUAAUAUUAGCAUUACAUCUGAAAACAUAACUGUAAAGAAAACAAAGGGGAUGACUGAACAUUUACAAACUAGAGGGCAUGCUUCUUUUCUUAAAUUUUGUGGCAUUUGAAUCGCAUGAUUUGGCAGGUAUUGUGUACAUCAACAUUCAUAUAUCAACAAACUAUUGAUAACAAAAUAUGUGCAGCUUCAGGCAGCAUUGUCUUUGAAAUGGAAGCAGAUGUGCUGGAAAUAUAAAAUCACCCUAACUGGAUUUUGUGUCAUUGUGAAAUUUACCUCAGAAGAAAUCAGUUUAUUACAAGAAGUCUAUAUUUUUAAACACUGCUUGCAAGUAUGAGGUAACAGUAAUGAAAAUUUAAUAAUUAUUACUGUGUAAAUAUAUCAGUACUCUGUAGAUACACUGGUUUCAACUUAGUUGACUUUCCUCAGAAAAAGUUGAAUUGGCUUUGAUUUUUAUACAUUUACGUUACAUUUACAAUAUUCUGUAUAUCUUCUGAUAUGUACGGUGUGUGGUUAUUGAAUUUUCUGCCAGUAACAGUGAUAUGUUUCAUAAUUUGUUUUUAUGUUAAUGGAAUACUGGAAUAACCUUUUGACUAGCAGUUUGAUUUCUUGUGCCAUUUAUUCUCUUUUAAGGUAUUAUUUACAUUUUUCACAGUUGUAAGAAACAUUUGAUCUCCAACAUAUCAUCUGAUUUAUCAAAAGAAUUAAUUAGAAUUACACACACGCUUUUUAGUACUAAGUUUCCCAUUUUUCAUCAAGUUACCAUGUCUGCAGCAGUUUGGGAAUGACCAGCUUUUAUCUAUUUCAUAAAUGGAAAACGCAGAUGGUUAAAUCUGAAAUAGUUGCAUCAAAUGACCUAACAUGACAUUCUAAAACCAAACAGAUGUAAGUAAAAUGCACAGUAGUUAACAUCAAAGUUACAUGUGUAUUAUCAAGCAGUUGAGGUACCACAAUUCUACAGUUUCACUCACUUUGUAAUUAAAACCAGUGUGUUUACCUAUUGAGGCGUUCUUUAAACACCUGACAGCAAGUAUGUUAAGGCAAUAUUCUUGCAAACAUUUGACGCAGGAGUUAUGGAAGAAAAACAAUUCAGCCAUAGAUGCUGAUAAUGUGAGGAAUAUUAUUGUUUUUUACUCAAGUCACUAUGCUGUGCUGAAUGAGACUGAAGUGUGUGAAAUGAGAUGAUAGUAAUGUUUGUGAGGAAUGUUUCAUACCGAUUUAAUUUGCAGAAAGUACAAAAUCAUAUAGGUGUACUUGAGUUGUAUGAAAUAUAUUUCAUAUUGUGUGUAUCAUGUAAGAGCAACAGGUGAUAGAUAUCUGAUACCAUAGUUGGUCUUUAGGAACCAUGGACAUGUUGCUGUAAAUAUUCUAGCAGGUAGUCUUCCACACAGUCCCAUCCAUAUAAUUCAUUUACAGAUGAAUGAAUUUUUUUUUUUUACAUUGCAACUGCAACAUCAAAUGUUGACAAUACUCAAAAUAGCAGGCUUAUAUUCUCAGGAAUAUUGACGAAUUGCAGUAUUAUUUGUCAGGUUGUCAUGUUUUAUUUUGAUAUUGUACCCCUAUUGAUGAUAAUGGAGCUGAAAGAACUUCAGUGGAGAUAAUGGUUUAGUGUUAGUGUUGGCAGAUUAAGUGUUGAGCUUUUGUUCUGUGGUGAUAUUGGCCCAGUCAGAGAGUCUGGCUGGUAGUGUUAUGACUGUGGUAAUGAGAUAUGUGGAUUCACAUAUAUUCAUGAAGACUCAGAGGAAUGCAGAAUAAAUAAAUUCUCUGCAUUGUAUGAAAGAUCUGAUUCAUGUGUUAGGUAAUUUAUCGUAAUUGUUUAGGUUGUGUAUUGUUAGGUUGUGCAUACUUUCUGAACUGUUAUGCCUGUAUUGUAAUGUAAGUUACUGUGGAUUGGUGUUACAGAAAUCAAUACUGCAUAAGAACUGUAUAAACUGAUUAGAGAGACUCUUUUUCAUGCAAAUUAUAUUACUUUAUUUUUUCUUGUUCUGAUUUUGGAAAAUUUAUACCUGAAGUAUAAAUUAUUUUUUUUAUUUAUGAUCUACUUUUAAUGAUGUAAUAAAUAUAUUUGUUUGAAUAGUGUAGUUUCCAUUGCUAUUUUCUGGUUUCAGUAUUCUCUCCCCCAAACCCAAAUUUGGAUUGUAUAAUUCUGCUGUUCCUUGCUGAGUCAUUGCUCCUCACCUGUUACUUCUUACUUCAGUAACUGCUAGGCUGUAGUAACUUACAGAUAUUUAGAACAUUAUAUGUACAUACAUGAGUUAUUCAUUUCUGUUGAAUGCAAUGUAGUGUGUAGUAUUUAAUUAAAAGUUUUUAAUGUAUUUUUUUUUUAAUUUUAAAAUUUUCCAAUGGAGAAAGUGUCGGCGAAAAUAUUGCAGUUCUUCGGUGCCAGGAAAAGGAAGAGUUUUGUGGAAUAGACUCAAUGCUAGACAAGGAAUGCAUGAAUAACGUUUUCAGUACGGAAGAGAAAUUCAAUGACUUUGACACCUGCUUUGAAGAAAUUUACCUGAAGCUUUCAGGGCACUUCACUAUUCAUGCAGGAUGUAAGACAGAUCAGGUCAAUCAGCCAAAAUCUGUUAAAGGUAUAACCACGAAGAACUACAAUUAUACAAAGUAUUAUGCUUCCAUACUGUAAAACAAGAAUGUGAUGGAAUAGGUGGUGUCAAAAAGUGGUUCUUGGUGAAUUUAUUGUUUUGUAAUUUAUGGUUUUGAUCAGACAUGGUUAACUUGUAUGGUUAACAUGGCUACACAGUCAAAACAACCAUUAUCUGACUGCAGAAAAGCUUUUUAUGCAUCUUCUGUUGUCACUAUGCAAGGCUUGCUUAGAAGUAGGUUGCACUUUGAAGCUCAUCUGUAAAAUAAGGUAAGUUGUAAAAUGCAUGGGAAAAAUGGGCUGUGAUUUCAUGUCAUAUUCAGCUACUGUUCUGCAAUGAUGCUAUGGUGUUUAGUCCAACAAUGAAAUAAGAAAAUUGGUUCUUUUCCUUAUAUCAUGCUUCACCUUGUUUAGUGUAUUAUUUACAAUUUAUAUAAUGUGGGUUGAUUGCAUAUGAAAGAAUUUAAUCUUAUGUGGAAAUGGAGCUUAUGCUCCAGCCAUAAAUUUCAGUCCUUGUUUAAAAAAUUGUUUACCAUGUGUGUUUGAAAAUAGAGGUAAAUGAUCAUGCUUUCUUUAGUAUAUAUUUGUCAUUUGACUUCUGUUUGUGGGGUUUCAUUACCUGAUGUUUCACUACCAAAAUUUCAUAAAAAGAGGUGAAAUUAGUUCUUGUGCUUAAACAUCAUGCCAUGAAGAUGUGUUGGGGUUAGAGGUGUAACUCUGCAUGUUCCAUGCCUUGACACAGGUGUGUGGCUGCUUUAUGCUCUGGAAAAGAGCCUGUUGCAAAUUGAAUCUCUAGCCAUCCAUCCUGCCAUCAGUCUCUUUUUAUUGGACUCUUUCAGUGUUCUCCAUUUUCAUAAAAAUUAAAUAAAUACUAGCAUUAGAGAAAGUAAAAGGUUUCUGCUGUAACACCAUGCGUAUUAUUAUUUCUUUGAGAUUUAUACAUUGUCUAAUUGUUUGUAAUUAGAACCACAACAUUUUAGAAGUUUGUUUUACUGAUCACAACCUUGGACCCAGGUUUCAUUCUUCAGAAAAUGGAAGUAAACGCAACUACAAAAAUAUUUUUGGUUUUAAUUAAAUAUACUUUGAUAAAGUCCAACAGAAUAAUUGUACAAAUAGUUGCAUACUUUUCAGUGAUUUCUUGUGAUACAGCAUUUCAAGACCCUACAGUGAAUGGUGUUGGUUGUCCUUGCACCUAACAUGUUUGUAUCAUAGUCAUUUUGCUCAUGAGAGAAAGUUAAAAAGUACAAAGGUGUGAAGUCUUCUGUUGCAUGGAGUUCAUACCAUGUUUUAUGAGUAUUGUCCUUUGUAAUCGAAUUAGGACAGGCAUGUAGCUUGCUCUUAUGUUCCAUAGAAACUGAAAGCUUAAGGUUAGGCUUUGUCUACAUUUCUUGAUUGCUUAUACUGUUCUGUAUCCCAAAUUGUGUGAUACAUGUGAAAUGAACAAGUAGUUCUGUAUGGCCAUAUAGAAGUAAUAAAAUUUGGCAUUUAAGAAGAAAAAUAAGUUAUUUCUUAAUGGUAGGAUUGUGACUAGUGAUUAUCACUGUAAAGACUCAGGCAUAUCUUUGCCUUCAUAAUUAAUAUUUUAUACUGCUGCUUUUGAAUGACUUCUGACAAACAUCUGUAAACCCCCUUUUUGACCAUCCAAUUAAUGGGGUCUUGUACAUCAGAC